AGCUGGGUAAAGAUACAAGCGGUCGGUGCGGAAGCCGAUGACAGUUUCUCCGCAUUGCGCUCGGAGAACACCCGACGUCUAAAAUUGACCUCCCUUCCUCUCCAGUUCCCCGACGACUUCUCUCCUCCUCAAUCGCAGUUCCCUCCCAAUCGCACAACCUCAAUAUCCUACACAAUGGCUUCCAUCCGCGCCAAUUGCCGCAAGAUCAUGUGUAUCGGCCGUAACUAUGCCGAUCACAUCACCGAGCUGAACAGCGCAACCCCCAAGCAACCCUUCUUCUUCCUCAAGCCCUCGUCCUCCAUCCUCCUCCCGGGCUCCGGACCCGUCCUCCGUCCCAAGGGCGUCAGCCUCCACUAUGAAGUUGAAUUGGGUCUGAUUAUGGGCAAGACCGUGCGGGAUCUGGAUCCGAAUGAUGAGCAGGGCGCACUGGACGCGAUUCAGAGCUACAUCCUCGCCAUCGAUAUGACAGCCCGCAACGUGCAAGACGAAGCAAAGAAGAAGGGUCUCCCCUGGUCCAUCGCCAAGGGCUUCGACACCUUCUGCCCGAUUUCACAGGAAAUCGCCAAGUCGCGCAUCCCCAACCCGCACGACGCAUUCCUGCGCCUGAAGGUCGGCCAGGUUGAGCGCCAGGCUGACUCGACUAGCCUGAUGCUGCACCGUAUCCCGAAGCAGCUGGCUCAGAUCUCGCGCGUGAUGACCCUUGAGAAGGGUGAUAUUGUUCUGACUGGUACGCCGAAGGGUGUUGGACAGGUUCAGGCCGGUGAUGUUAUGAGGGCUUCUAUUGAGGUCGAUGGGAAGGAGAUUGAAGAGGGUCGUAUUGAGGUUGAGGUGCAAGAUCGUGAGGGGCGUUACGAGUUUAAGGAGACUUAGAUUUGUUGUCUAUGUUAAUUUAAGUUGUAUAUACUGAUCAGAA